GUUAGUUUUGUUUGUUUGCAAGUAAAAUCGCAUGAAAUUAUAAUCAAAUCAAUUUUGCUUUUAUUGGAACAUGACAUAAAACCAGCUGCAGCAAUGCAGUGGCAUUCAGAAGCCGGUCAGUUGUGGACGCGUCCACCAAGUGUUUUGUGGUGCAUUUCUUAAACAAUAAAAUCAUAUUAAAGAGUUUGAACUGCAGUUGAGAUUUGCACAGCGCCUGCUCGCCAAUAAGUCGUGAGAAAAACAAUUAACAAUCAAAUAAUACAAAUUUAGUGUUUAAUAAAAGUACAAAAAUGCAUUUAAGACAAAUUUUGCGCCACGCGUGUGUUUUCGUUUUGUUAUUAUGCGCCGUGUGCGCGCAAGAUGAGUCCACAACAACUGUUGCUGCGUUGGAAACAUCAGCAACAACAACAAGCACUACAUUAGAGGACGCUAGCACUGCUGAAAUAUCGAGCAGCUCCAGCUCUGUGCCUACAACCACCCCUCUAACAACUAUUUCUGACAAAACGACUGAUGAGAAUAAAACAGACGGCAGCGCAACGAGUGCUAAUGUUGCAGCAGAUACUUCGAAGCCGAAGAAAUAUUUCACAGUUGGCAAUCUGCCCGUUUGCAAGCAAAGCAGCCCUGAGUUCAACGACUGCGUAAAAAAUCUCUUACAAAAGUCCUUGCAACGACUUAAAAACGGUGACCGCGAUUUGAAUAUACCGAUAAUCGAUCCAUACAGACUAAAUCGCACGACAUUUCAGUAUACCAGUGGCACUGUACGUGGGCGUAUAAUAAUGCGUGAUGGGCUCACAUAUGGUUUUUCGAAAAUGGAAAUCAAAUCGCUAGACUUGAAAAUAAACGGUGAUAAAGUCACAAUGAAAUCGCUGGCAUAUGUGCCAGCGAUCACAAUCGUCGGCAAUUACAAGGCAGAAUUGAUACUAAACAAUAUACAAUUGCGGCCCAAAGGUGUCUUCAACGUGUCGCUGGUGAAUGUGAAUAUUGACCAAACAUAUGAGGGUAACUUCUAUGAGGCGGACGGCCAUCGUUUUGUGCGCAUGCUCAGAUUCGAUGCCGAGCCUAAAGUCGGCGAUUUCAAGUUGUCUGCCACUGGUGUGUUUCCCGAUCCAACAUUGAAUGAGCUCGCUGUAAAUAUUGUCAAUCAAUAUUGGCGUCGAAUCUUUCAAAUUUUCUUGCCUGAAACACGUCAUUAUUGGGGACCAUUGUUGCUGCAACAACUCAAUGAUCUUAUGUCUGUUGUGCCAUAUGAUGUUUUUGUUGUUGAUUAAUAUUAAUUUAAAGACAGCAAUUUUUGAGAUGUUUUGUAGUGGUAUUAAUGCAGUUGCUGCAAAAUUUAUGAAGAAAAAGAGCAAGUUCGGCGCUUAAGUCUUUUGUUAACAUUUUCACCGGUAGCUGCGUGUGUGUGUUUGUGUGGAAAGAAUGACCAUUGAGAAUAUUAAAUUAUGGAAAACUUGAUGAUUUUAAUACUGUAAUGAUGAUUUUAAUAAAAGAGAAAUUCUAAUUAUAAACGUG